AAUCUAGGAACGAUCGAAAAUCUUAUCUUUUCCAACCAAAAAUUGAUAUUGUUAAACGUGUUAAUUAACGGGAAAGCAUGUCGCAAAGACGCAACUACACUAAUCGAUUAACACAUGAGGUGUUGUGUAUGGUGUUCGAUCGUCUGGAUCUGGAGAAUGUAAAAAACGCGUCGCUCACCUGCCGACGAUGGAACAACAUCAUCUUCUCAAGCGGAUAUGUGGACAGGUUCUCGUUAAAUCUAGCCAUAAUGGACUUAAAUGUAUAUCCUGAACCAGUGAUAAGUGAAGCAGAAUUGGACCAUAACAUCAUCAACUAUAGAUCGACCUAUGACCACCUACGUGGAAAAAAGAAAAUAUUGAUCAAACGCCAUUUUCCGUGCAGAGUGGAGCCAGAUAAACAAAACCAGAUUUUUAAACAACUGGUGGAAAUAAUUACCAAAACUAAACGCCGCUAUCGCCACUUGUGCUGGGAUAUAGAUGAGUUCAUGAAUCGUAAAUUUCAGACUAUGUGGCAGGCUAUUCACCCAAAACUCACUAACAAUCUGGCGACUUUGGAGAUCUACUUUACUGGCGCUUCGUUGCUGUUUGUGUAUGAUACGCUUGCUGAGGCUAUACCGUUGAUGCCUAAGCUAAAUGAGCUAGCACUGCUUGAUGAAGAAUAUCACGCAAUGGUUAAACAGGAUCGUACACUAAUAUUUCGAAGCCAAACGAUCGAACGGCUAACGCUGAACUUUGACUAUAGGUCCUCUAUUGAGAUGCCGAAAUUGCGCUUCUAUGAGGGUGCAUUUAAUGCACUUCACCUACCACAAGCGAUUGCCGAAUCUACGAAAAAUAAGGUUCUGCCGGUUCGACACGGAACAUCUUCUCAGACUUCAGCAAAAUUUCCCUACCCUGAAUGAGCCGGAAUUCAUAAGCUGUUUGAUUAGAAUAAAACAAGAGUGCUCAUAUGUUUCCAAGUCUGAUGAAAUCGACUCCGAAUCAUAUGGUAGCGGCGAUUCCAAUUUAUCGGAUAUGGACU